AUGUCAAUCAACAUAGUCCUCGAGGAGAUCAAAAUCUCUCCAUCUUCAAUUAUACCAGUAUUAUCCAUCCUUCAUAAUGAGAAGCAACAACUUGAUCAAAUUUCGAAAGCGGAUCUCACUCAUUUAAUUUCACGAACAUUGCAAUUAUGUCGAUCACCAAAUAUUUACAAUAAAUGGUGUGGAGUCAGUAUCAUCAACGUAUUGAGUGAUAACUAUAUCGUCUUGGCUAAUGAAGGUACCAAUUUUAUGACUAUGUUGAUUACAAUUUUAGAAUCGUACAACAACACCAUUGAUGUUAUAAUUUUGAAAACUUGUGUGGAAAGUUUGAAUAAAUUAAUUAGAGUCAUUAGAAAUAAACCAGCAUUGACAAGAGAAAUAUUGACGCCUAAAUUAAGCACCAUUAUAACCCUUUAUUUGAAGAAUUUGCAAUAUGCACCCAACUUGUGUAUCAAAUCACUUUACCAAAUCAUCAAGCACCACCCAACUACAUUUAGACCAUUUGCUAAUAAAUUCAGUGAGAAAUUGUAUGCAUUGAUGCAAAACGGCGGGUUUGUUGAGUAUCCUACCCCUUUACAAAAAACAAUCUGUAAAGCAUUGGCUAUUUUACCAAUGGUUGAAAAGAAUGAACCUGAAGCAAAAUGGGCUUUAGAUGUCGAUAAUAUCAUUGCUGAAAUAAAGGGUGUUAUUGAGAUCUAUGAUGAAUUUCUAAACUUCCGUGAUGAUUCUGAAUUGAAGAAAUUGUUACAAAAGUUGCCCCAAUCAAACACUAAAGUAUUUUCAAGCUUAGAGAUUGAUUUGAAUGAAUCAAAGACACUCUUGCAGAUUAGUUCUCGAGUUGAAAUUUUGACAAAGUUGUUAGGAACGUACCUAAACGAAGGAAUAUCCAGUGUCAAAGUACCAUUGGGUAAAGUCUUUGUUCUAAUUGAAAUGAUUUGUUCAAUUAACAUGAGAUAUUUAUCAUUCAAAAGUGAUGUUAGAGAUACAGAGAUUAAAGGUUUGAUUAAAAAGACAUUGUACUUGAAUUACCAAAGUGCGCUUGGAUUAUUGAAGAGCCUCUUGGUGUUUAAAGGUUCAUUGAUUCCUCAUCUAUCUUCAUUAUGGUCAUCAUUGGCUUAUAUUGUUCCGUUAUCUAAGUCUGGUAAAGUGUCAUCAACAGAUGUAUUGAACAAUGAGGCAUUAUUUACAGAUUUAUUGAGCUGUGUUAGUGACUAUCUACAAUUAAUUGGUGUCUUUGCAGAUAACACUUUAUUGGUUCCAUUUGUUGAUGUUGCAUUGUCUUUAUCGGAACCAAGAUCGGUUCCUGCAAAACCAAAGGGACAACCUAUCCCUACACCACAACAGAAAAAGACCAAAAAGAAGAAUGUCUCAUCAGCUCCAUUAUCUGAUAUCCUUUCCCACGAGCAUUUAUUCACUCAAUCUCGUUCCAAGCAUCUAUUGCACGUGGUCAGAACAUUUUUUGACCAGGUUAUUAAAAGAUCAGAACUACCACCAACUCAGCACUACAAAGUUGUCAAAGUUGUUAUUCAAGAAUGUGUUGAAGCAGCCGCUGGAAAUUAUGAAUCUACAGUACCAGGAUCCUUUAGAAGAUUGUUGAGGAGUACAGUAUUGAAUCCAGGUUAUGACAAAUACAACGUCCUACCAAUCGUUUCUUCAAUCAUACCAAACGAUGAAUUGUUGAGUGUGUUUAGUAAUCCUAGAUUACCACCCUUACCAAAACACGUUACUGUCUUUAAGGAGCAAGAAGAGCAAGAUGCCGAUUUUGAAAAUGUGCCUGAGCCUGAAGUGGAGGCUCAAGUGAGUUCUAAAGAGUCAGCAAUCUUGAAAUUGUUAGAUGAACAAAGACAACAAGAGAAAAAAGAUAGUACUAGAUCUCGGGAAACAACUAAUGCUUCAGUCUCUACAGAAUUUAGUGUAAAGAGGGUAGUCAAUGACGUUGUGUCGGAGAAUCGCAGCGACAAGAAGAGGAAGGUUGAAACAGUUCAAGCUGAUUUCUCAUUCAAACCAGAGUCCUUAAAGAAUGAUUCUGCGCCAAUUGAAGAAAAUCCCAAAGAGCCUGUUGUGGAGACAGAGUUGCAUACUGCUGCAUCUUCAACGGUAUACGAUAAUGCUGAUGAGCCUGAUUUUGAAAUGCCCGAAAUUAAUAUGGAGGAGGAUUCAGAGGACGAAGACGAUGAGUAG